AAGAGAUGGAUGGUAGGACUCCUCUUCAACACUGUCUGUAUAUGGCCACGGAGCAUAAUUAUGUAGUUUGGAGGGACUUGGAUAGUGAGGAUCAGUUGACUAGAUUAUUGAUUGCGAAUCCAACUUCUAUCCAGAUGCUACGUUCGUGGCCCCAUGUUGUGUUGAUAGACACAACGUACAAAACGAAUAAGCAAAAGUGGCCCCUUUGCGAAAUCAUUGGAAUGACGCCAACGAAUCAUAAUUUCUUGGUUGCAUUAUGUUUGAUGCGAGAUGAGGCGGCUGUGUCUUAUUCUUGGGUGUUGGAGAGGUUGAGGGAUAUUUACGGGACAGUCCAGACGCCGGAUGUAAUCGUAACGGAUCGGGAUGAGGGUUUGUCUGCAGCUAUUCAUGCUGUCUUUCCAGAUGUACGACAUCUAUUAUGCGUAUGGCAUAUUGGCAAUGACGUGGAGAACAUGGUCGAUAAAUUGUGUGGCGGCAAGAAAAAUCAACAGGGCCAGUUAUUCAGGCAAACAAAAUAGAACCCCUUGGUUAACAGU